ACCGAAAAAAUUAGCGGCGAGUGGCGAGACAGAGAUUGCAGUGAGCAAAUCCAACAAUCUGUGCAGUACACAAGUUACCAAUUAGAACAUCUCCAUCCUGACACAAUUUACAAAAUAGAAUUGCGUGCUCAUAAUGCCAUCGGUGAUAGCUCUCCAGCUCAAGUGAAAGUGCGAACGGCAAGAGGUAUUGACCCCAUUGUUCCUGUUCAAACUCCAACAAUGAGCAGCGCUGCCAUUAUUGGUAUAGUAAUAGCAGCUAUACUCCUGGUCUUGAUUGUGCUAGAUAUCACUUGCUAUUCAGUUAAUAGACUUGGGGUGAUAGCGAUGUGCUGCAAUUCAAAAUCCAAAAAAGCAGAUGAAGAGGAUCCUAAAUUGGGAAGUUACAAAGCUGCGCCCGCACAUCCAAGCAGCCUCAAUCUGCCCCAGCCUAUCAAGCUCUCCUCUUCACCUAUGGAGGAAAGAGAACCUCUUAAACCAGAAGAGAAACCGAUGACCGUGGAAUAUGAUGGCAGAUUUGUUCAUUCAAAGCCAGGAGAAAUUAUCGGGAAACAUUCAGCUGUUUAAUUUGAGUUCCCAGAAACUUAAAUGUUCAAAGAUGACAUUUCAAUUUCGUGACAUUACUGUGUACCAAAAACUUUUGAUUUCCUCUCUCUUUGAAAUGAGCACUGUAUAUAUCAGAUAAAAAACUCAUUUGUUAUGCUCACAUUCAGAUUUGGAAUAUUGAUUGAAAAUAUACGGAAUAAUUUGUUGGACGAAUAUCUGACUCACAAUUUGUUGUAUAAGUAGUUCAUCUCAAUUUUUGAAAUUAUCUUUGAUUGUAGUGUAUUUCAGAAUGAACCGAACACUCCAUAAUCUGCUGUCAAUAUAAAUAUCACCUAUAUAUAAAAUAUGAUUUCAUAUGCUUUCUGUUAACGAAAUACCUACUCAUCAUCAUCAUCAUCAAAAACACAUAUAUUAUAGAAAAUUAUCUUUUGAUUGAACAAGCUGCAACGAACACAUUCCUUGAGAUUCAUACAUUAGUAUUAGAUACAUGAUAAGUACCUAAUUGAAAAUGACAUAAAGAAAAUUUUUGUGAACAUUUUCAAAAAGUUAUGGCUUAUGAAUAUACUGAUUCGUUACUUGAUGAAAAUUAAUAACACCAUCCAUGAUAUUGAAAAUAUAAUUUUCAUACUAUUAUUUUUAUUCAAGAUACAUAGCACGGCUCGGUAGUUUCAUCAGUUGUACUGGUACAUCAAACUGGUUCAAAGUAUCAGUCCGAUUGCUGAAACUACCGUGAAGUGAAACGCGUCUUGAAUAAAAUUCGUAGUGUGAAAGUUGUUUAUUUAUUAUUAUGGAUAAAAAACGGCUUUUCGUGAAAGUUCUAGAUGUGAACCAUCAUGCAAAACGUAAAUACAACUACUUGUCGUAAAUCUAACUAUUGGUUCAACCAAUCACAGGAUUUUCAUUGAAAUGAUUCGUCAGAAAUUGACCAAUUUAUAUCCCAAAAAUUUGGGAAAUGCUUUGUUAUUUAAAUAUGACUCUUCAACAAUUAUUUUAUAUUGAAUGAAAUAUGGUUCCCAAAGAGAUGAAAUUGUGAUCAUAGUAUUCAUCAAGCAGAGUUUUUUGCCUUAUGAUAACUUGGAACAUUUUACUCAAUAAGCAUCUUUAUGUAAAUUUAUAGCAAAUACUUUCCGAAAUCAUGAAAUAUUUGUGUAGGUAUAUCAAAACAUGACAGCUUGCCAACAUACAGCCUAAAUCUUUAGCCUUAAAUGUAUUUAGUGUUUUUGCCAAAGCUUCAAUAUAGCUGUGGGUUGUAUAAAUGUAUCACUUUGUAUAUUUAAAAAUUUUUAGGUAUAUUUUAUCACCGUAUUUUAUUAUAACAGUACUUAAUGUUGUGAUUGAACACAAUACAGUAACAAUGCCUGUUCCUACAAUUUGUUAUCUUAUGAUUCACUUGCAGAGAUGAAAUAUAAAAACUAUUGACUUGCUGUGGGGAUAUUGAGUUCAUAUUCCACUUUUUAUAUCUCAAUUAACAUUCACGAACUAUAGUUCAAAUGGUAUGAAGAUGGUAUUAUUAUAAACAGAAUACAGUAUUAAAAUAAUCUUAUGUAUUUCAUUAUUAGACUUGCACUAUUAGUACCUUGUGCAAGAAGUAAUUUUUUUCAAAUUUAUCAUUUGAUUAUGUAUAUUACAUUACCUAAGUUAUUUAGACGUUAUUAUUGUAUUUAUAUGAAAUAUCUGUAUGGGUAGCUUUUUAUAUGGAAUAGAUUACAUUAAACUUUCA